UCUUGCGUAAUGGUUGACAUAUCUUAAAAACUUUUUUUUCAAAAUAUGAUUACAUAUUUCUUACUGUUACUUGAAUUAGACAUUAUGUAAACUUGCACUAUUUUUUUAUUUUGACAUCUAAGCAUUUUUUUGUUACCGUGAUGUAAGAUGUAAAAAUAAUGUUUUCACUUUUGUAACGCCAAGUCUUCAAGUUUUCAGGUACCUAAAGGAGCAACAUGGUUCCACGUCCAAUAGAAGGUCGACAGACUCCUGUUGUCGCCAUGCAGGCAGUCUCUCAAGUUAUGCACCCUUCAUCAAAUAAUAACACAAUCAGUCUUGCUAAAUUGAUUGACUCCAUUCUCCAAAGGACGUAUCAUGAGUUAACUGUUCUUGCUGAGCUUUUACCCAGGAAAACCGAUAUGGAACGAAAAAUCGAGAUUGUUCAAUUUGCUAGUAGGACUCGAAAUCUUUUUAUAAGACUUCUUGCUCUAACAAAAUGGGCCGCUAGUGCAUCUAAAGUGGAAAAAUGUGCUGCUAUUAUGGCUUUUUUGGAUAAGCAAUCAAUGCUCUUUGUGGAUACAGCUGACAUUCUGGCUGUGAUGUCAAGAGAAACAUUAGUAAAUGCGAGGUUACCUAGUUUUCACCUUCCUUGUGCUGUUGAAGUGUUGACUCUUGGUACAUAUUCACGUCUGCCAACUUGUAUCCGUGACAAAAUUGUACCACCUGAUCCUAUAACACCAGCUGAAAAAAGAAGCACUUUGUUACGUUUAAAUCAAAUAAUUCAGUAUCGUCUUGUUUCUUCGGAGCUACCUUCUCAAAUGAGAAACUUAACCAUAGAAAAUGGACGUGCUACAUUUCAUGUAGAGCAUGAAUUUGAGGUGUCACUAACCCUCAUGGGUGAUGGUUCACACGUGUCAUGGCGUUUGUUGGACAUUGAUGUUUUGGUGGAAGAUAAGGAAACGGGUGAUGGAGAAGCUCUUGUUCAUUCUCUUCAAGUUAAUUAUAUACACCAGCUUAUACAGUCCAGAUUGAUUGAUAAUCCAAAGCCCUUGCAUGAAUUGUACAACUGCCUCCAUUCAUUUUGUCAAAGUCUUCAAUUAGAAGUUUUGCACUCUCAAGUUCUUCGAUUAUGCCGGGAUAGAUUAAGAGACUGCAUUGUUGUUGAAGAAUAUAGUGCUGGAAAUCGUUUAGUGAUUUCCUAUUGGAGGCUUCCAAAAUUUGAAGAUAAUUUUACUGAUAGAGAUCACAUGGCUCCUAGAGAAAUUUUAAAUUGCAAAUUAUGUGUACAAAUGGAUCCUGUUGAUCCUAGUAAGCCCUUACAAGUUACUCAUGUUCCUCAUCUGAACCAUAAAGAUGCACAACUAGCUGACCAAGCAAUUAAGUCUGACUUUUUAUCUGUGGAAAAGCUUUUAAUUCACACUGUGCAUAUCCGAACCAAGCACAAGUUACAAGAACUGAGUGAAAUUCUUAAGCCACUUCUUGGACUACAAGAUUGUGUUAUAUCUGGUUCUCCAGCGGUGCUACAUAUACCUAUUUUGCAACCCUGCAUGAUAUCUGAGGAACUGCUCAUUACUGUCAACACUCAUAGUGGGCACUUCUUAGCUCAUGUUCCUCAGUUUGAACCUCCAAUGAUGGAUGAUAUACAGAACUGUUUGAACAAGGAUCCUUCAAAAAUUGAAAACCUAAUAUCUGAAUUAAGAUUUUGGGUCACUGUCCGACGAUGUGAAAAGUCUAUUCAGCAUCUUCCAGCAAUAGCAAGUGAACAUCUACCUCUUCUCAUUCCUCCAGAGCAUGAAUUAUCCAAGUUUUCAAAGCAUAAGUUAUUCAUAAAAUUAUGUAAACACCAAGAGUGCUUUAUUAUUGUCAGGUUAUUUGAAAACCCAACUAAUCGCUGUGAAAUUAUUCCUGCAUACUACUUAAUGACUGUGCAGCCUCAACCAUUAGAAGAUGAUCCCCUGGAACAAAAAGUUGAAGGAUUGGACACUGAAUUGCCAAAAUCGUAUUUGAAGAUUGUUGAUUUUGCACCACUCGAUAAUUUUAUUGCUACUCAUGGUCCUUGCACUGAGAUUGAAUGCAGGGGCAUUGGAAAAAAACGAAAGGUGCUAACACAAAGUGAAACAGGUGUAAAAAAGGUGAAAUAUACUGGCUUCUUUAUUACUGAACUUGCGCAUAUUGUUUCCAUGUGUGAUGAGCGAAUUCCUUUUUCAACACUAUGUCGUGAGCUGAAUAAAAAAGAUAUUUGUCAUAAUGGAAUUCAAGUUGAAGCCUAUGGGUCAAACUAACCAUGUAGAAAAUUGUUCAGUAAGUUAAUCUGUAGUUUUAAUGAUGCAGAAGUUUUUACUGCUUUGCAUAAUGCACUUUUGAGUUGCACUAUCAGAUUACAAGGAAAGGGAAGUCGUACUUGGCUUGUUGAGUUUGUCUUUUGCAACUGCCCUUUGACAAGUAUGUCUUCAAAGGAACAAGGUCCUCGCCGUCCUGUGUACUAUAUCUAUGAUUUUGCUGCUGGUACUUCUCGUCAAGUUGCUCAAAUGGUUAAUGAUAUGCUUCAAGAUUGGAACACAAUGGGACAACUGUAUCGCAUUAUCUUAGAAUUCUCCAAUUGUUUGAAAUAUGAUCAACAUAAUUUGUAUUCAUCAAUGAUGGAAAUUAAAUCAUUUACUUAUAAGAAGUUAGUGAUUGGCUAUGGGCCAAAUAAAGCCAGCAUGGUGUCAAUCUUUUGGUGGCCUUCUGAGAAACGUUUUCAUUUGUCUUUUGGGAUUGUGGGACAAACAGUGUCUGCCAGUAAUCCUCAUACCAUUGUUGCGGCACAAUUGCAACAUGAAUUCAACCAGCAUCGUUCAGUUAUUGCCUUAAUACAGGCUCUUCAUGACACAUACGUACCUCUGUUAUCCAUAAGUAAACUGCCUUCCAUACCAGAGCUAGGAGUUAUUAACAGUAGGCCUGCUGUUCCUGUGCAGACAUUUGUUACUGUUCCACAGACAUCUACUCAUAUUCGCAUUGUCUACAGAAAUAUGUAUUGUUUAGACAUAGAAUGCAGACCAGAGGGUCUUGUUGCUAUUCGGGAUGGUGCAUACAGUAUGUUUGAUAAGCAAAAAGCUGUGGAAGAAUUUUCUCCGAUAAACAGCAUAAAGGCUUUUUUGAGCAAAUUUGUGGAUGAAACUGCCACUCAAGCAAGAAGGCGAUCACAGACAGAAGACGACAAUCCCAUGUCUCCUACACCUACGUUAGAUUCUUUGGAUGGUGGAUUUCUCUCUGCUGCCAGUCAACUCAAACCUGGAUCUCCCCAGUGUCGAAGUCAAGAAAGUGUUUCUUCCACUUCUGGACCAGGAACUGGUCUGAGAUUUCAUUUGCCAAUGACUCCUACAUCUGGAUCAAAUCCUCAUACUCCGGCAUCACCUCAUACUUCAGUUUUAUCACAACAGAGUUAUGGUGCUUCACCAAAUCCAUCAUUUUCAUUAGCAUCACCCCCAUCCCUUGGGUCACAGUCACAAGCUCAACAUGUCAGUCCUUCUCCUUCCAUGUUGCAUGUUCAAGCACAGUCUCCUGGUAAUCUCUUUGCCGCAAAUUCACCCGCAAAUCCUCUUCAUGUUCCAUCUCCAUCAUUUUUACCCACACCUUCUCCUUCAUCUUCAACUUCACAAGUGCCUAUGCAGUCACCCGCAGCAAGUUUUAUCAAUCAACAAGCUCAUGGUGAUGCAGGAUCACCUUUUGCUGCUCCAACUAGCGCUGGCAAUUUAUCAAUGUCAUCUCCAGCUCCUGGUGCGUGGCCUGGAAGCCCAUCUGUACCAAGGCCCUCGCCUCGACCCACGGGUACAGCACAAAGUCCUGGAAGCAGUAAUCAUCCUGCACUUCAUAGCCCUCAAGCUGGUACAUUAGGUGAUCAUUCAAAAACAGCAGGUGUACCUGCUGCUCCAUCUGCUAGAAUGGUGCAUUGUUCGUGGCAAGCUGGCACACCAACUUUAUUAACACACAAAUCUUUUGAUUUCCUUUGUUCACCUGGUGGUGGAACAAGCCCCCAACCAGGAUCCCCAGUUGUGAGCCAGAACUUGUUUCACAUCUCACCUUUAGAACGUUUCUUGGGUUGUUGUUACAUGAGAAAAAGUUUAGGAAGAGUGAUCCAGUCUGAAAGUCUUCAGCCCAUGCCUACCACCGAAGUUGGGGUUACCUUGUUCAAGGCUGAAACACUGCACUGUCGAGUAAGCCUAAAUCCUCAGACUUUACAAUCUUUACAUCUGAAACUGACACCUAACCCUGACUAUAAAGACCAGUGGACUAAUGAAGAACUACAAGUUAUUGAAAGAUAUUUUGAUGUUAAGGUUGUUUCUGUUCCAUAUAAGCCGAAUGCAUUGUUGGCAUUUGGAAGAAUACUUAAUGCUCCUCUUCGCAUAUUUAAGGAUUGCAUUCACAUAAUGCACUUAGAAAUGGUCCCUGAUCGUUCUUUGAAAUGGGCUAUACAGUGGUGCUUAACUAUCCCACCUGCUGCUCCACAGAUUGCUCCAAUAGGAAUGUCAGCUAUUCUAAUGGUUAAGGACAAAAUGCUGUUCUUUGCUCAGCUAACUAGAAUUGGUUUGAACUUAGCACCUGGUGUAGAGCCGCAGACUGUUGUUUUUGCAGCAGUUUAUGAUUUUAAGGCCAACACCACAACAGUUACAGACAAUCGCAGAGAUCAGUUGCCCAUGUCUCCUACAGAUCCAGUAUUUAUUAUUACAAACAUGUUGAAGAGAUUUGCAGAUUACAAUUUAAAUAUGCAGGAGUGUAGUAUAUAUCCUGCUAUCAGAGAAUUAUUAACAAAUUUGGUGAUACCUAUUUGAAUAAGUGGAAGUACAAUCCAUGGACUCAGUUACGUGUUCUACAGAUUUACCACUUACUUACCUUAUGUACAUUACACAUAAAGCAUGCUAUUUUAUGCUAUAUCAUUUUAUUCAUUGUUUUGUUUUCAUAUGUAAAAUAAAUUAUGUCUACAAUUUUA